GCAGUAUUAUCUGGUCAGAUUUCCAUGGCGCUUCACUCUUGCGACCGUUAACUGCUUCACCAAAAGCUACUAAAAAAGAAACCAAAAACAAUGUGCGAAAACUAACUUCUCUAACGCAGUUGCAGACUACUUGGAACAUGACCAUGGCUUCCAUUUCCAGACCAUCGCCGUUUCUGUAUCGUCACUCAAACCCUACAUCACUAAAUUCCUCUCCCGUGGUCUUAUCUUUUCCAUUUUAUCGAACGACGUCGCUUCACCUACGUGUCUCUGCCCUAAAUUCCGAUGGACAUAAAAUUGGGAGCCAAGAAUCGCUCGGUUCUGGUUUGCUGAGGAAACCGGUAAUUUCUCCAUCGAGGAAGGACUUGGGUAGAAAUUCAGAAGACGAUGAGGUUAGCGAGGAGGAGAGUGAAGAGGAGAAAGAAUGGGUUGAUUGGGAGGACAAGAUUUUGCAGGACACGGUCCCUCUCGUUAGCUUCGUCAGGAUGAUUCUUCACUCUGGAAAAUACGAAAGUGGAAGUAGAUUAAGCCCAGAGCACGAGAGAACGAUUCUUGAUAAAUUGCUUCCAUAUCAUCCGGAAUUUCAAAAGAAGAUCGGUUCUGGAAUUGACUACAUUACAAUUGGAUAUCACCCUGACUUUGAGGGUUCACGAUGUUUGUUCAUUGUUCGAAAAGAUGGAGAAUUGGUUGAUUUUUCAUAUUGGAAAUGCAUAAAGGGCCUGAUCAGAAAAAACUAUCCUCUAUAUGCAGAUAGUUUUAUUCUCAGACAUUUCCGGCAGCACAGGCGGAGUGGAUGACGGUUUUACUGUCAACUUGCUCACUACUUUGUGUUGUUAGUUAUUAUUGUUUGAAGUAUUUCAUUUUUAUGAAUUGAAUUUAUAUUGUACAAAGUAGGAGCAAAGUUCAAAAUGUUUAAAAAUGAAUUGCUGAGAAGUUUCUAGCAAUUUUAUUUCCAGAAGCUGGAAGUGAACGCUGCAAAAUGACUUGGCUGGGAAUUGGUCUAGUUUUUUUAAUACAUACUUAUAUACCCUUAAUUCAUAAUGUUUUAUAUUGGCACAUUUUA